AUGUGCACCGGAGCCUGCUCUAAGUUUGUUGCCUAUGGUCUGUACCCUCUGGCCGCAGUCUCCAUCCUCUGCAACAUCAUCCUCUUCUUCCCCGACUUCAGCACCAAGUACGCGGGCGAUGACAGCAAAGACUCCCCCCGCCUCACCACCGAGGUCAAGUACAUGGGCGGCCUGGUUGGAGGAGGCAUCAUGGUCCUGAUUCCAGCCAUCCACAUCCAGCUGACCAGCGCUCGCAACUGCUGCGCCAACCGCUGUGGGAUGUUCCUGUCAAUUGGCUUUGCAGCGCUGGGAGUGCUUGGCGCCAUCUACAGUCUGACGGUGGCAUCGCUGGGUUUGUCCAAUGGACCCACAUGUUUGUGGUCCAACCCAGACAACCCAAAUGAGAGAUGGGGAGCUCCCUUUGCCAACAGCAAUGGCAGUUACCUGGGCAAUAAGGACAUUUGGAAGUGGUGUAGAGAGCCAGAGGGCGUGGUGGAGUUCAACCUGGGCCUGUUCUCUACGCUGCUGGUGGCCUCCUGUCUGCAGCUGGUCCUCUGCGCCGUGCAGAUGGUCAACGGGCUGUUUGGCUGUCUGUGCGGCACCUGCGGCAGCAAGGAGUGA